CAAAAAUAAAAUAAUUAUAUUAUCCUUUUUACGUAUAUCUACAAGCCAUAAAAAAUAAUGGAAGGAGACAAUAUAAAAUUUGAAAAUAUCGCUCGGUCGCGCAGUCAAAGUUUUGACAGUAUCGACAGUAUCGGAAGCAGCAAUGACAGCGGCUCAUCUACGAGUGAUAUUAAAAUCAAAAUCAAUAACAUUCAGGUGGAUGAGGACGACCUAUACGAUGAAAACGCCGAUAAUGUUGACUCUGAAUGGGUCGAACAGCAGCAUCCAGGAACCACCGAUGCAGUUCUUUCUUGUCCCAUGUGCUUUACCCAAAUAUGCUUUGUUUGUCAACACCAUACGCGGUACGAGGGUCAGUUUCGCGCUCUUUCAGUACAGCACUGUCGCGUGCUUGAUGACCAGAUUUACGUAUAUGGUAGGCGCGGAUUGGAGGCUAUUUUAGCUACUGUUGCUGAGGAAAAAAAGAAGGACUUGUACCGGCUGGUGGUUUGUGGAGAAUGCGAGGCCAAGGUUGGCGUGGUGGAUAGCGAGGACAUUUAUCAUUUGUUCCAUGUAUUGACACAGGUGUAAAUGGAUUUUGUAAUUUCCAGACACUUAUAGCAAAUUCUAGAUUUUUAAGCGGGGGAUUUAAACCACCAUUUGUUCUUCUAGAAUAGAAUCCUCCUCUUUUCUUAGAACCAAUUUUAUAGUGUAAUAAAUAUUUUUUUAGUACUGCUGCUGUUUUCUAGUAUCUUUUGUUGUAUUUUAAAAUAAAUUAAUAAAUGAAAUAAAACUCCCUGCUGCGCACAACCCCUGCC